AUGGCUGCUAUAAGAGAAACAUAUUGGAUCCCGAAGCUUAGACAGCUGGUGAAAAGAGUGCGUAGUGAAUGUUGGGGAUGCAAGCGGUUUCGGGCAGUAGCGUUCAAGACGCCUGCACCUGGCUACCUUCCAAAGAAUCGAACCGUCGGAGAAACAGCGUUCGAAGUCGUAGGUGUCGAUUUCGCCGGCCCAAUUCGGUACAAGAAAACCAAGAAGGAAGCAAAAGCCUACCUAGUAAUCUUCGCGUGCAGUUUAUCUCGAGCCAUCUAUUUGGAGUUGCUUCCAAAUCUAACGACAGAGAUUUUCAUCCCCUGUUUAAAGAGAUUUAUUGCCCGUCGCGGUAGACCUCGUGUGAUCUAUUCUGACAACGGCGGGACGUUUGUGAAAGCAACGAAAUGGCUUAAGAAAGUUCAGAAGGAAGAACAGUUCCAUGAGCUUCUCGAAGAGUUCGAAAUCAAAUGGAUCUUCAAUUUGUCUCGGGCCCCAUGGUGGGGGGGUCAAUUCGAAAGGUUGAUCGGAGUCGUCAAAAGCUCUCUCAGGAAAGUAAUCGGGAAGGGAAUCCUAUAUUGGAACGAGCUGAGCGAAGUUUUACUCGAUGUAGAAACUCAGAUAAACAGACGACCGCUGAGUUAUGUCGAAGACGACGUGGAGCUACCGGUGUUGACUCCAGCGAGUUUCCUGUUCCAAAGAGCUAACCACUUGCCAGAACUUCAACCACACGAAGAAGAAGACAAGGAUCUGCGAAAGAGACUGAAAUUCCUGAGAAAAUGCAAAGAUCAGCUGUGGAAUCGGUGGAGACGAGAGUAUCUGACGGCACUACGCGAGCGCCAUAGGAUGCGUGCAGGAGGUACGAGUUCGAAAGUUUCGAAGGGCGACGUAGUUGUAGUUCAGACAGAUGAAAAGAGCCGUGGCAGUUGGCCUCUAGCUGUGGUGACAGAGACGUUUCCAGGUAAAGACGGGGUGACGCGAGCCGUGAAGGUGAAAACAGGCAAAGGAGAACUCGAACGCCCGGUACAGCACCUUUAUCCCCUUGAGCUGUCCUGCGACGUACGAGAGAAAAGGGAGAAAGGCAAGAAGUUAAACCCGAAUGCCCCGACCUUCCGUCAACGAAGAGAUGCAGCAGUCGCAGCUGAUGCAAGAAUUCAAGAGACAUUGAAACUCGAACAGUAG